AUGUCCAUCUCCACGUCCUUUCGCCACCAGGCCGAGUGCAGCGGGCUGCAUCCUGACCGUUCGCUCUGCCCCUACUGUGGCGCGAGAAAGCGAAUGCACGUCUGCCGCUGGGCGUGGCCGAGCAGCCGAAACAGCAGCAGACCCGUAAUCAGUGCGGCAGCGCCUGCAGCUGCCCAGGCACACAGCGGCGGCAGCGUCCGCAUCAACCUCUCCGAGCUGCCUGCUUUGCCCGAGGCUGCCGAAACCACAUCUGGCCAUUCUCCGGUCGAGUCGGGCUGGCUCAGCGACGGGCCUCGCGUUGGGGCGAGGGUGCUGCGGCGCCUCAAGGGCCACGGCUACGUCCACGCCGUUGUGCGCCUCUACUUGCCGGCGGGCGCGGAUGACGAGCCCGCGCUUUGGCGCAUCCGGCAUGCGGACGGGGACGAAGAGGAUCUGGUGCGCACACCCAGCCUCAUCGCCGUCAGCACCGCCUCGUCGCAGCACCGCCCCUCGGCACCGACUGUGCCUCACCCUCCCCUCGCACAGGAGGAGUACGAGCUGCUCGAGGCGCUGCAGCGCUUCGCCGGCCGUGCGGGCAGGGCCAGGGCGGCGGCGGAGGCGGCGGGUGGACACGCGCGGGUGGCGGGGCAGGCGGAGACGUCGAGCUCGGGAGGGCCAGUGCGGGCGGCAGCGGCGGCAGGGGUUGCGGAGGACGCGGAGGGAGAGACGGCGGAGGAGGACGCGGAGGAAGGAGAGACGGCGAAGGAGGCGGAGGCGGCGGGCGCGGAGGCGGAGGGGAUGGAGGUGGAGCAGGCGGAGGAGGCGGAGGCGGAGGGCUCAGCAGGCGGGGAGAAGGGAGAGACGGCGGAGGAGGACGCGGAGGGAGAGACGGUGGAGGAGGCGGAGGAGGCGGCGGGCUCAGCAUGCUCUACCGCCUCGCCGCCGCCUCCGCCGCCUCCGCCGCACAGGGAGGCUGCACCCGCCGCGCCGCUCGCGGCCGAGGCGGAGGGGCUGAGGCUGCACCUCUCCAGCAGCAGCAGUACCGGGUACAAGGGCGUGAGUAAGCACCACUCUGGCCGCUUGAAGGCCGAGCACUGGGUGAACGGAAGGAAUGUCCACCUCGGCAUCUUCGACACGGCGGUGGAGGCGGCGGUGGCGUACGCGCGGGCAGUCGGCGAGUACCAGCCUCCGGCUUAUCCGUCGGUGGCGGCAGAGGCGGAGGGGCUGAAGCUGCACCUCUCGAGCAUCACCAGCACCGGGUACAAGGGCGUGUUCCAGCACGCCUCUGGCCGCUACCAGGUUUCGCGCAGGGCGAGGGGAAGGCUGGUCUACUUGGGCAUCUUCGACACGGCGGUGGAGGCGGCGGUGGCGUACGCGCGGGCGGUUGGGAAGGCGGAGGCGGCAGGCGCGGCGGCGGCAGUGCCGGCGGAGGCUGCAGGCGCGGUGGCGGCAGUGCCGGCGGAGGAGGGCGACGGAGCAGGCGGCGAGGAGGAGGGCGGCGAGGAGGGCGGCGAGGAGGGCGGGUGGAGCGGUGGCGGCGAGGAGAAGAGCCACUUCCAGGUAGGAGGCCGCGUCGCUGUACAGUACUCUGGCGGCGCCUUGUACCCGGGCGAGGUCGUGGGCUUUGACGGCGCGUCGAGCCUGUACUCGGUGCGGUGCGACGACGGCGAGCUGCUGGAGGACGUCUCGCUGCACGAGAUGCUGCGAGAGGUGGGAGAGGGCGAGUGGGAGGAGCAGGAGCGAGCGAGCGGCGAGGGGAUGGAGGUGGAGGAGGCGGAGGAGGCGGCGGGCUCAGCAUCUACCGCCUCGCCGCCGCCUCCGCCGCCUCCGCCGCACAGGGAGGCUGCACCCGCCGCGCCGCUCGUGACGGAGGCGGAGGGGCUGCGCUUGCACCUCUCCAGCAGCAGCAGCACCGGGUACAAGGGCGUGCGCGCGGACAGGAGCCGCUACCAGGCGCAGCGCAGGGCGGGCGAAAGGAAUGUCUACCUCGGCUCCUUCGCCACGGCGGUGGAGGCGGCGGUGGCGUACGCGCGGGCGGUCGGCGAGUACCAGCCUCCGCCUCCUCCGACGGUGGCGGCAGAGGCGGACGGGCUGCGGCUGCACCUCUCCAGCAGCAGCAGCACCGGGUACAAGAGCGUGUACGAGCAUGUCUCUGGCCGCUUCAAGGCGCAGCACAGGGCGGGCGAAAGGAUGGUCUACUUGGGCAUCUUCGACACGGCGGUGGAGGCGGCGGUGGCGUACGCGCGGGCGGUUGGGCAGGCGGAGGCGGCAGGCGCGGCGGCGGCAGUGCCGGCGGAGGCUGCAGGCGCGGUGGCGGCAGUGCCGGCGGAGGAGGGCGACGGAGCAGGCGGCGAGGAGGAGGGCGGCGAGGAGGGCGGCGAGGAGGGCGGGUGGAGCGGUGGCGGCGAGGAGAAGAGCCACUUCCAGGUAGGAGGCCGCGUCGCUGUACAGUACUCUGGCGGCGCCUUGUACCCGGGCGAGGUCGUGGGCUUUGACGGCGCGUCGAGCCUGUACUCGGUGCGGUGCGACGACGGCGAGCUGCUGGAGGACGUCUCGCUGCACGAGAUGCUGCGAGAGGUGGGAGAGGGCGAGUGGGAGGAGCAGGAGCGAGCGAGCGGCGAGGGGAUGGAGGUGGAGGAGGCGGAGGAGGCGGCGGGCUCCGCAUGCUCUACCGCCUCGCCGCCGCCUCCGCCGCCUCCGCCGGACAGGGAGGCUGCACCCGCCGCGCCGCUCGUGACGGAGGCGGAGGGGCUGCGGCUGCACCUCUCCAGCAGCAGCAGCACCGGGUACAAGGGCGUGCGCGCGGACAGGAGCCGCUACCAGGCGCAGCGCAGGGCGGGCGAAAGGAAUGUCUACCUCGGCUCCUUCGCCACGGCGGUGGAGGCGGCGGUGGCGUACGCGCGGGCGGUCGGCGAGUACCAGCCUCCGGCUCCUUCGACGGUGGCGACAGAGGCGGAGGGCUUGCGUCUGCACCUCUCGAGCAUCACCAGCACCGGGUACAAGGGCGUGCGCGAGAGAGGCGCCCGCUUCACGGCGGAGGCCAGGGCGGGCGAAAGGAAUGUCUACCUCGGCUCCUUCGACACCGCGGUGGAGGCGGCGGUGGCGUACGCCCUGUAUUCGACAUGA